AUGGCGCCGCCGGCCGGCGUCACCCCGAACGCGGAUAAACCCUAUACGGCAUCGAGUCUUAUCACCAUUGUGGGCAUCUUCCUGCCAGUAGCCACAGCGACUAUGGCGAUAAGAAUCUACACAAGAGCAGUCAUAUCAGCGAAGAUAGCCUUUGAUGAUCUUCUUAUGGUCGCGGCUAUGGUGCUCAAUAUAGUCAUGGUAGCACUGUGUCUUGACAUGUUAAACUACGGGCUGGGAAAAGACCUCUGGGAUGUCCCUCUCCAACCUGAUCUCUAUCCCAACUGGAUGGUUCGAAACGUCAUCGCAGCAAUGGUAUUCUGCGCUGCCACUGGCCUUGCGAAAGGUUCCAUCUUGCUCUUUUACUUGAGAAUCUUCCCGUCUCGGUCCAUGAAAAUUGCCACCUGGGCUGUCUUCGCCUUCACUCUGGGAUAUUCCUUUGCCUCCGUCCUUGUCAACGCCUUCAGUUGCAAACCCAUCUCCGGAUCAUGGGUCCUCGAAACUUCCCUAACUGCAGUCUGUAUCAACAGGCCAGCUUUCUACUUCGCCCAGGCGGCCCUGGGUAUCGCCACCGAUAUCGCAACCGUGGUGGUUCCUUUGCCUGCUCUGAGGACCCUCCAGCUCCGAAGUAGACAGAAGAUCGGAAUUGCAUUCGUGCUCACUAUGGGAGCCUUCGUUUGUAUCGUCAGUAUUAUUCGUUUACAGUCGCUGUAUGCGCUCUUGACAGACGCGGACUUGACAAAAAACACGGUGACAGCACUUAUGUGGUGCAUACUCGAGCUGAACCUUUCUAUCAUCGGCGGCUCUAUUCCAGCCCUGAAGCCAUUUGCGCAACGAUUCUUCCCUCGUCUUCUCGGCUCAUCUGGCGGCAGUCGCGGCCGCAGUACAUCAGGAGCGUAUCCCCUUCCCUCGCGAAACACACAAUACGGACCCGGCAGUCACUUCUCGAAGAGUCAAGCCAAGUCGAGAGUCGAAGCGGACGACACAGGGAGCGAGGAGUAUAUUAUGCAGGGACUGGGUGGCGCUGCUAUCACCAAGACGGUGCAGUUCGGAUAUGAGGUCGAGGACCACGAGAAGAAUAGCCAGGUACAGACGCAUGUCGUACGGAAAAGUUCCACAUCGGUUUCUUCGAACUAA